UUUGACCACACAAUAGUGUACAGAGAAAUCAUAUGGGCAUUAUCUCUAAAAAUAGCUCAUGUGACCUAAAGUAAACAAGGUUAUAUUCUCUAGUAUACUGUUAGCUAAAUACACAACAGAAGUCAAGAUGGAUACAUACUCUCCAACCUCCUCCAAGAAAUCGAAGGUGACUCUGACCAACUGGGUACGCCUGAACAACGCCCCCCUCCUCCUACCGAGAGCAUCAGCCGUCCAAUGGAAUGACUACGUCUUCGUGCUAGCUAGAGAUGGUACAGCACUUCUCUACCACAGCAAACACAACAUGUGGUCCAUGGUGUCUAAAUCACCCUAUACAAGUGUCAACCUUGCCCCGGCCUUGACUCUCCAUAACAGCAGAAUUCUCACGAUGUCUGUGAAUGGAGAAGUGUCUACCUUUGAUUCCCAACUAUGCCAGUGGACAAUGGUUAAAGAUAUGAAUAUGUCCGAGGGGAGGGGACCACGAAUCAUUGCCAGUGACAACAACAUUCUCUACUCUGUUGUCGACUUCAAAUCACAAGUGCAGCAGCAACAUGUAAUAGGAGGGAUACGGCUAGUAGGAGGAGGAGGGCUACAGCUAGGAGGAGGGCUGUACCAACAAGCUAGCGAGUGCACUGUAUUCUCGUAUGAUCCAAGCUCUAAGUGGGAGAAGAUCUGUGAGAUUGGAUCAAGCCCUCUCAAAUCUGCAGCAGUGGUUGGUAGAACCUUGUUUGUUCAAGCUGGAGAGAAGAUGUUCAAAUUGACUAUGCCAGCACAACUAAAAAUGGCUACAAAUCAAAAAAUUGACGACUUUUCAAAGCCAAUAACUACUGGGCUCAACUUCGGUUUCCCACCUCCACAACGACUACUACAUUCCGCGACAGCCUGUGCCAGUCCUACGUACGCGGGAUCAACUCUCCAUGCUAUUAAAGAUACUCUCUUCUCUUUCGGAGGGCGGGACGGGGACAACCAACCAACAUCUGACGUGUUACGAUAUAACCCCGACACUGACACCUGGGAGAGUGCCGGCUACAUGAGGAGCUGUAGAUAUAAUGUUGCUGUGGCAACCGCACAAGAUACGACAAUGGAUGUGAUUGUGCUAGGAGGAAGCCUCGGAAGCAGCGCGCACAUCAUGACGCAACGACUGAACCCGCCAAGUGAACAUGUAGUACAAAGUCAACCAUGUAGUGGUUUACAGUUGGGGACCUCUCCACCUCCCUCCCCUCCUACCUGGGACAACAAGACUAGCAUCAUAGAGAAAUGCACAUUCAACUAAACAGUGUACACUAGCUAAGACUACCGUAUAGAAAAUAUAAAUUUGUAGCGAAGAAUGAAUUGCCAUUUGAUAAGAUAAUUUCAAUCAUG